AUGUCUGGCGAGCGCGGUGUGCCUACCCACACCGUCUACCUGACUGGUCACGACGGUGAGAAGUCAAUCUUCCUGCCCCAACGCGCUCUCAAGUGGGGCCAGUACGACGACGGAAAGAUGCCCAUGGCAGUGGCCUAUAUCAACAAGAACCCUGCGGAUCUUAACAACGACGCGGAUCUCGAACAUGACCGCAAGGUCAACAACGAGGGCGUCGGCCUAGUCAGCAAUGGCGGCGCCGUGGCCCGCUACGUCGACCUCGCCCCUGGAUACACGUGCAUGAUGCACCGUACUCAGUCCCUCGACUACGGCCUCGUCACGGAUGGCGAGGCCGAGUGCGUCCUGGAGGACGGCACCGCGCAGCUCAUGAGGCCUGGCGACGUGAUGGUCCAGCGCUACACGGUCCAUGCUUGGAGAAACCCCAGCCAGACUUCUUGGGCCCGCAUCUUUUUUGUCUUGCUCGACUGUAAGCCGUUGAGUAUUAAUGGGAAGCUUUUGAAGGAGGACCUCGGACGUGGUGCGGCUUACGUGCCUUCCAGUGACAAUUAG